GCUUGGAUUAUAAUCACCAAACUAAUUGGUUUUAAAUGUUAACGACAAAUCCCCGUAAAUACAGCGCAAUUUAAAAACCAACGAAAGUAAACAAGCGAACAAUUCCGCAAGCGGUUCCAGUGGGGGGGGGGUGGAGAGUGACGUCACUACCGUCCCCAUCUUGCGAGACUCCGACAGGGACUCGGCUUCGGCCUACUGCAGCGAACACCCCGCUGACGACGGAACAGCGGCGAGAUGUGGAUUUAAAUAAGCGAGAGCCUAAUUCAAGGUGCUGAUGCAAGAUGGAGACCUCAGGAGAGACUAACCCAAGCAACGCUGCAAAUAGAGACCAUUUCUCUGCCGUCAAACAUGGACUCUUUACAGCGUGCUGAGAAAUAAUUCAUGGACCAAACAGUCAAGAUGGAGAAGGAGAAGUUAUUGAACCAAGGAGAUGCCAGUACCUUCAUUUGCUCUGAAUGUGGUGAUGGAUUCACUCAGUACCAAAAUGUCUUGGUGCAUAUGGCUAUUCAUGGACCUUUGGAGUCAUUUUGCUUCGAUGGAUCAUCUAAUGGGUUUGAGAUUCCUCGAGAAUAUGUGCUGCUGGAAAACGGGACAUUUAAAAUGGUCAAUGGCAUUGAAAAGUCAUAUCCUGCGAAGCCAUCAUCUCCUGGAGUACUUCCCUCAAUGUCUUCUGCCAUGGUCAGGCCAGGCUCUCCGACAUUACGGCCCCUGACUCCAGUCCAAAUAGAAUCACACAAACCAAAGCCUGCAGUCACCAACCUGGAUACCAGUCGCCAGGGCCAGUACCCUUGUGAUACAUGUCAUCAGUCAUUUACCAGUUUGCAAAAUUUACAUUCUCACCAGCUGUGCAGAAACACAGAGCAGGGCUUUAGAUGCACUUUGUGCUGUAAACUCUUUGCUGAGAAAUGGGAACUAAGGAAUCACCUUGAAUGCCACAAACGUGAACGAUUUCACUGCUGUAAUCAUUGUGGAAAGAGAUUCCUCAAAGUAGAGCUGUUGAAUGCACACGAAAAGGAAAAUCACAUUUUUUGUACAGACUUGAGGAGAUUUAUCAAUAGAGGGAAGAAAUGUGAAAACACGUACCAGUGCAGAAAGUGUAAGUUUAAGUUUUUUUGGAUUUCAGAUUUUCACAUCCAUUCGCAACACCACUGCAAAGGUAGAGAACCUGAGACGACUUUCACAUCUGAAAUCGAAAUUGAACUUGACAUCGAUGCGAAAAGCACAGACGGCAUGCCUUUCGAAAGCAUCCACAGCAACGGGGUGUUUCUGGAUGGGAUCAAAGAAGAUAGCAACGUUUUGAUGGAAAAUGGCGACAGUACAAAUAAGGAACACCCCAAGAAUCCGUACAGAUGUGGUUUAUGUGGAGAUCGCUUUCAAAGAUUACCAGAUUUAAAAGAGCAUCACUUGACUCAUCAAACACCAGAAGAAAUGGAUAAGUUGAAUGAAGAGUUAAGUAAAGUAAAGAAAAAUAUCUCGCUGAAGGCAAGACGUAGAAGAGCGAGCAAUCCAAAUGGUAGGCUGCAUCCUUGCAAGCAAUGUCAUCGCGUCUUUCAUCACUCGAGUAGUUUAUCCCGUCACAUGAGGUAUCAUAAGGGAACGAUGCAUACCUGUGUGUUUUGUGGUAGACACUUCCCUCAGCGCUGUGAUCUGAAACGGCAUCUGGCGAUGUAUCACAAAGGCGAUUUUGAGAAGAAAACGGCAAUGAAACGUUUCGGGGACACUCCAGAAAAUGGAUGUGACCAGAGUGCUGUUAACGGAGAGAAUAUAAAGGUCCCCUCAAAUGAGAACAGUAUGUGCCCCACAGAAACGCAACAUAUUCCCCCAGAGGAAGGUGAAAGUGUGAACCAGUCAGAAAGGAGCGUAAGAAAAACAUACAAUUGCCUCGAUUGUGGGAAAAGAUUUCGGCUGUUAUGUGUCUACCACAGGCACCUGCGCUACCACAAGAACCACCCGCACAAGUGUCCUCGUUGUCCAGCUCGGUUUACACAUGUCUCGUCUCUUGAGCUUCACAUUACGAAUCACCCAGUCACCAGAGAAGGGAGUGAGACGGCACUGGGAAGUGGCAGCCCAUUUGCUGACACUGACUUAGAGAAGGCUGUUGAGACAGAAAUGGAGGAUGGUAGUACUGACAGCUCUUUAACUGAUAAAGAAAAUUCUUCUAUGGUGCUCCACGAAUUCACUGGUUGACAGUAAGACUUUUUUCCUCAUGGGUUACUCUCACACUGUUCCAUGUUAAAACCAAGUGAGUAUUUUUUAUGAAUGAAAACACCUGGGGUAUCUUUUUAGUUGUAUACAUUUUGUCUAUCGCAUGUAGAAGAAGAAAAUGAUUGUGGUGUGUCAAUUCAACUCUGGGGACCCUCAACAGUGCAAUGUAAAGCUCUACAUGCAUCAGAAACUGAAAGUUUUACCUCUAUUUUUGUCCAGCAGGAUUUGUCUGCUGUUCAAGUUCAAUGUUUUGUUUUGUUUUUUUUAUAAAUAGUCAUUUUAUUGCUGGUUUUUAUUUGUUCUGAUUUGGGGUCGAAAAAAUGCCUUUUGUCUGUGGCUUUUUAAAAAAUGCUAUUAAAAUAUUUCAUUGAGAAACCUUUUUAAAUUGUUUUACCCCUUGAGUACUUUCCUAAUAUUGAAAAUCACACGAAUGGCGAGAGUCACUUCCUACAAAAGUUGCAGAUGACACCUUGGCCAGUGUACUGUGAUCCCCUCUUUGGACCACUCGUGAUGCGUUUUAGCUUGUGUCUACUCAUGUGUGUUGAUUUGCUGUGGUCUACCUUCCUUAAAUGGGUUUGCGGUCGAAGGUGAGGACCUACGUGUUCCAAAGGUGAAAUUGAGUCGUGGGUAUUCUGAAUGAUGUUCCAUCCGUUACACGUGUACGGUAAGGUCUGCGGUAGUGCUAUGAACUGAGAUUGAUAACGGGUGGUGAAGCAGUCUGAACUGACCCCGCACUCCCAGUAAAGUACAAUUUCCACCUGAAGACCAUCAAAUUGCCAAUGGCAUCAAUUGAGGCUAUUCUAUUGUUUGACAACAACCCUAUG